GUUUGGGUCUCCAGAUAAAGGAUCAGCAGCAGAGUUUUUAUCCAGCGUUAGAGUGUCGCACUCUGGAAAGACUGCAGCCAUGGUUCACCAGCGGACUCUCAGACUAGAUUAUGAUAAAACUACGUGUGCAGUUUACGUGGUCGGCUCGGAGCUGAUUGUAAACUUAAACAGGACUGCACCUCCAAGCUCCACGUUCUUCUCCGUGAAGUGCACUCCCAGUGUUCAGUACAGCAUAAACCCCCCACAUCAGGAGGCGUCGCACCUCUCCCCUGUGCCCCUCAUAAGAAACUCAACGCUUAUCAUCACUAUGAGCGGUGCAAGUCAAUCGGAAAAUGAUAACAAGCUCUCUGUCCAAUACUAUAAAGAGAAUAAAGAGGUCUUGGGGAAGGCAGUUCUGCACCUGACAGCUGUUGAGAUCUCUCUGGAUGUGGAUGCUGACAGAGAUGGCAUUGUGGAGAAAAACAGCCCUAAGAAGACGUCCUGGAAAUGGGGGCCCAAUGGGCAUGGAGCUGUAUUGUUGGUUAACUGUGACUGUGAGCGGAUCUACAGCAAGAAACCGGACUGUGAGGACAACCACAUUUCUAAAGUGUCAGAUCUGAAGGACAUGUCACUCAUGGUGCUGCGGACCAAGGGUCCUGCCAAACUCCCACAAGGCUACAAACUGUCUAUGCACAUUUCCCAGAGAGAUGCAGAGAGUGUCCGAGUCUUCAGAUCAAAAUCCCCUGGAAUGGCCACUAAUAUCCUGGGUACACUUUUCAGUGUCUUUAUAACAAACUAUCCACUUGUACUGAGCCAUGACACUCUGUCAAAGGAAGUGCCUUACCUUGGAGGUGCAGAAGAAAUUAACUUUUACGUGGAGGGUCUCAGGUUUCCUGAUAAGGACUUCGAUGGACUUGUCACCAUCAACCUCAGUCUGUUAGAACCCAUUAGUGAUAAUCUUCCUGAGACACCCAUUUUCACUGACAGAGUGGUGUUCAGAGUGGCUCCGUGGAUCAUGACACCCAACACUCUUGACCCCGAGGACGUGUUUGUCUGCAGUACAUCUGACAAUUACGAGUUCUUGAAAGAAAUGGACAACCUUGUUGCAGAAAGUGGGUAUAAGCUCAAAGUUUGCCAUGAAUACAUGAACAGAGAGGAUCGCUGGAUUCAGGAUGAAGUGGAAUUUGGUUACAUUGAUUCACCUCAUCACUCAUUUCCUGUGGUUCUGGAUUCCCCCAGAGAUGGAGCGCUCAAGGAUUUUCCAUACAACGAGCUACUGGGCCCUGAUUUUGGCUAUGUGACCAGGGAUCCCCAGAAUGAAGAAGUGAACAGUCUGGAGUCGUUUGGUAACCUGGAGGUCAGCCCCCCUGUCACUGUGAAUGGGAAAGAAUACCCUCUGGGCAGAAUCCUUAUCGGUGUUGCCUUCCCAACUACAACUACAGGAAGAAACAUGACCAAAGUGAUUCAAGACUUCUUGUGGGCUCAAAAGGUCCAGGAGCCUAUUGCCCUAUUUUCUGACUGGCUCUGUGUUGGCCAUGUUGAUGAAUUCAUGACAUUUGUUCCAGCGUCAGACAAAAAGGGCUUUCGACUGCUGCUGGCCAGCCCAGACGCAGGCUAUAAACUGUUCAGAGGCUUACAGAAAGAUGGGCAUGGAGAAGCCAAACAGUUUGAGGGUCUGAAAGAUCAAAAGCCAGUGACAGUGAAUGAGAUUCUUAGUGAUGAAAAUCUCCAAGCUGAAAAUAACUAUGUACAGAGCUGUAUUGAUUGGAACAGAGAUGUCCUGAAGAGAGAACUGGGCCUGGAUGAUGAUGACGUCAUUGACCUGCCAAUUCUUUUCAAAAUGAAUAAGGAUGAUGGAUAUGGAGCAGUGGCUUAUUACCCUGACAUGGUCAACAUGAUUGUCUUGGGGAAAAACCUUGGCAUCCCAAAGCCGUUUGGCCCCCGAGUGAACGGAUGCUGUGCCCUGGAGGCUGAGAUGCGUUCCUUGAUGGAGGGCCUGGGUCUUAAAUGUACAUUCAUUGACGACUUCGCCUCCUACCACCAACUCCUGGGGGAGGUGCACUGUGGCUCCAACGUACGUCGAAAACCAUUCGACUUCAAGUGGUGGAACCUGAAGCUGUGAAUUCCACUUCUGGUUUAUUUGGUGGCACUCAUGACAGUGAUGUCAGAAACAGAUAAUGAUUAAUAAUAUCACAGUAAACAAAGUAAAACUAGAUUAUGGUUUUGAUGCCAAACACAGGUACAGGGAAGUAGUUGUAGAUCCUCCAUCCAUCUAUUUUAUUUUCCAUUGAGGAAACAGGGAGCUAAUGCCUAUCUCCUUUAGUCAUUUAGCAAGAGACUGGGUACACCUUGAACAAGUUGCUAUUCCAUCACCGGACCAUAAGACAAAAAAGACAGACAACCAUUCACUCUCAUUCACAUCUAGUGACAGUUUAAAGUUACCAGUGAACAUAUCAUGCCUAAGUUUACCCACAAGAGAAAACCAGAGUGUUUUGGAGAAACCCACACAUGCACAAUGAGAACAUGUAAACGUUUCACAGAAAGGCUGCAGUCAGGUUGUAAACCUCUUACCGUUAGGUGACAGCUCUAACAACUGUGUCGCUCUGCCGUGGAGCUGGAGAAAAGUGUACCACAUCCAAGGAAGACAGCAGGAGUGCAGUUUACCCACUCCCAACUUGGGAAGGUAGACAAAAAUACAUAUUUGAGGCCGUUAUGGGAACAACUUGCAGAAUCUAAAAUAUGUAAAAAGCAUCUCAACAGUUUGAAAUGUUAAAG